CUCCGGCUCCGAGCGCGCGGCCGGGCGUCUCUCGAUUCCCCCGGCCAUGGAGAGGCUGACGUUGCCUUCCGGCGGCAAGGCGGUCGUGGACGAGUACUUGGAGUACCGAAGAAUUGUUGGUGAGGACGAUGGAGGGAAACAUUUUACUCCUGAAGAAUAUGAAGAAUACAAAAAAAAAGUAUUACCGAUGCGCUUACAAAACAGAUUAUUUGUGAGCUGGCGAUCACCAACUGGAAUGGAUUGUAAACUUGUGGGUCCAGAGACACUGUGUUUUUGUACACAUAGGUAUAAACAACAUAAAACUGACUUUGAAACGAUUCCACAGCAGCGGCUUAUUAGUCUCCCUUGCCGAGUGACUGGCUGCCAGUGCAGGGCUUACCUUUAUGUCCCUCUCAAUGGUGCGCAGCCCAUUCGCUGCAGGUGCAAGCACUUUGCCGAUCAGCACAGGGCUGCGCCUGGCUUUAUGUGCAAUGCCUGUUCCAAGUGUUCAGGAUUCCAUAGUUGCUUCACUUGUGCUUGUGGUCAGCCUGCAUAUGCUCAUGACACAGUAGUGGAAACUAAGCAAGAAAGACUUGCUCAGGGAAAACCAGUGGGACAGGAUGUCACUUAUGCAGCAAUGGGAGGUUUGACUGGCUUCAGCUCACUGGCAGAAGGCUACAUGCGAUUAGAUGACAGUGGGAUUGGUGUACCUUCAAUGGAAUUUUUAGACUCUCCAGUUACAGCCAUGGACCACCCAUUUCUGAAAGCAUUUCAAGCAUCAUCUAGUUCUUCUCCAGAAACACUAACGGAUGUAGGUACAAGUGGUCAAGUUUCUUCCUUAAAGAGACCUGAAGAGGAUGAUAUGGCUUUCUUUGAAAGACGAUACCAAGAAAGGAUAAAAAUGGAAAAGGUUGCUAAACAGAAAGGAAAAGCACCGUUGCCAUCAAGUACAAAACCUUCAUGAAGACUAUCAAAUUAAAACCAUCAUCCAAAUAGGUUUUGUUUGUGUUUAUUUAAAUACAAUAAUAGUUUAUUUUC